CUCCUAUAUAAUAAUAGAUAUGUAUAGUAAUCAUACCGCAAAAAGAGCUUCUUGGCAUCUUCACUAUUUUCCUUGACUUGUGGCUUUUUCAUUAAUAUGCCAAGCACAAGAAAUCUGAAGCACCUGAACAUGUGUUGUUCAAAUUCAGCUACUCCUGAAUAUGAAUCUCCUCCAUUGAGCCCCAUAACUAUUUCCUCAAAUCACAAUAUCACUACUCCUUCUUCAAUUAUGAUAAAGAACUUCAACUCUAUCUAUGACCACUCUUUCAGUUCCACGACCACCUUCUUUGAACCCGAACCCGAACCCGAACCCGCUGAUUUCGCCACCGCCUUCGCCUCCCAACGCUUCUUCUUCUCCUCCCCCGGUCUCUCCAAUUCCCUAGUUGAAUACAACAAUACCAACAAAAGUACUACUCAACACUUACCACCAUUGUUGAGAGAAGAUAGUGGUGAUGUUGAUGAGAAGAAGAAGAAGAAGGUGUUGUUCAAGGGGAGCGUGGCGGUGGCGACGUACUCGCCGGACCCUUACGUGGAUUUCCGGCGGUCGAUGCAGGAGAUGGUGGAGGCGCGGCCGGAGCUGAUGGACGUGAAGUCCAAUUGGAACGUCCUUCACGAGCUUCUUCUAUGCUAUCUUGCGCUGAAUCCAAAGAGCACUCACAAGUUCAUUCUUGGAGCCUUCGCUGAUCUCCUCGUUAGCCUCAUGUCAUUCUAGUAGUGUUGGAUCUUCUUCAAUUUUGAGAUGUAAAUUCAAAAUAAUGAAACAUGUGAUGCUAGUGCCAGAUAACCAUUGUUUCAUAUUAAUUAAUCUCCCACUUUGUUACUCACUCA